AUGACUCCACCACCACCGCCACCACCUCCUCCUCCUCCACAGGAAGUGCAACCUGUUGCGCCACAACAGCCCAUAGUAGUACCAAUAGUUGCUUAUCAGCAGCCACCUGUACCUGCUCCAGGUCCCGUAUACCAACAGCCUGCUGCAGUUGGACCAACUUAUCAGCAACCUCCUGUAUCCAGUUACCAG